CCGCUCUCUCUCUCUCUCCUCGCUGACCCUCCAUUGUGAGCAGAGCUAAACGAUGCUAGCAGCCGUCGCCGUCUUCGCCUCCACCGCCACUGCCGCCGCCCAGUAGAAACAGAGAGAGAGACAGACCCCCUCCCUCCCCUUCACCGCCUCCCUCUGCCCGAGGAACCAGCGCCGCGACCGAGAGAGACGGAGGCACGAGCCCGUUUACCGCUCCUUAUCUGCCAGACGGUCGUUCUGCGGGAUUUUCUGGUUCUUUUAAUGCUCUAGCUAGUCGUUGUCAGGGAGCGAGAGCGAGAGAGAGAGAGAGAGAGAGAGAGAACGAGGGAGAGAGAGAGCGAGCUAGGACAAGGAUAGGAAAGAAAUCCUGAGGUAAAAUAAACCACGGAGUGCUUGCUUUUUUCUCGCCCCUCGGAGCUGAAAGAAAGAGCCUGUGGUCCGUCUAGUCAUGGGAUGUACACUGAGCGCCGAGGAGAGAGCGGCUCUGGACAGGAGCAAAGCCAUCGAGAAAAACCUGAAAGAGGACGGAAUCACUGCGGCGAAGGAUGUGAAAUUACUCCUGCUAGGAGCCGGGGAGUCUGGUAAAAGCACCAUCGUCAAACAGAUGAAGAUUAUCCACGAGGAUGGCUUCUCUGGAGAUGAUGUGAAGCAGUACAAGCCUGUGGUGUACAGUAACACCAUCCAGUCCCUGGCUGCCAUUGUCCGUGCUAUGGACACCCUUGGCCUGGAGUAUGGGGACAAGGAGCGCAAAGCUGAUGCAAAGAUGGUUUGUGAUGUUGUGAGUCGUAUGGAGGACACUGAACCCUACUCUCCUGAGCUCCUGACCGCCAUGAUGCGCCUGUGGGCUGACUCCGGCAUCCAGGAGUGCUUCAGCCGCGCCCGAGAGUACCAGCUGAAUGACUCCGCCCAAUAUUACCUAGAUAGUUUAGAUAGGAUUGGUGCUGCAGACUACCAGCCCACAGAGCAGGACAUUCUGAGAACCCGAGUGAAGACCACUGGGAUUGUAGAGACCCACUUCACCUUCAAGAAUCUGCACUUCAGGCUGUUUGAUGUGGGAGGUCAAAGGUCAGAAAGGAAGAAGUGGAUCCACUGCUUUGAGGAUGUAACUGCCAUCAUUUUCUGUGUGGCUCUGAGUGGAUAUGAUCAGGUGCUGCAUGAAGACGAGACCACGAACCGCAUGCAUGAGUCCUUGAAGCUGUUCGAUAGCAUCUGCAACAACAAAUGGUUCACAAGCACCUCCAUCAUUCUUUUCCUUAACAAGAAGGACAUAUUUGAGGAGAAAAUAAAGAAAUCGCCCUUAACUAUCUGCUUCCCUGAAUAUACAGGCCCAAACACUUACGAUGAUGCGGCUGCUUACAUCCAAGCACAGUUUGAGAGCAAGAACCGCUCCCCCAAUAAGGAGAUCUACUGUCACAUGACCUGUGCCACAGAUACAGGGAACAUCCAGGUGGUGUUCGACGCUGUCACUGACAUCAUCAUCGCCAACAACCUGCGAGGCUGCGGCUUGUACUGAGCCCUUCUCUCUCGAGCCACUUCUUUGGAAAUGAUUAAAAUGCAAGUUGGUAAAUAAUAAUAAUGAUAAUUUUAAAAUAGGCAUAUACAUAUAUAUAAAUAUAUAUAUAUAUAAAAAAUGUUUUUAGUUUGUCUUUCCAAGAGCUGCCAACAGAACUGAUUUCUUAUAGAAACCCAGCCUUUACCGUUUUAGAACAAAGUUGGGACCUUUUUUUUUUCUUUUUUUUUUCUUCUUUGCUGUUUGAUGUUUUAUUUUCCCCUGUUUUUCCACCGUGUCUUUUUUGUUGUUUUAACGACACAAUCUUCGUUUUUUGUUCUCAAAAAUGUCUUUCUUUUACUAUAUUUUUAUGUUUUUGUUUAUUGUAUGUAUAUUUAUUACGUGUAUAUCAGUCGAGGGGGCUGACAGGUACACGUUUUGCCUGAGUAUACAACAUUAUGGUAAUGAUGAUGUAAUGACGAAAUAAGACAAUGAUAGCUGUAUCAAUGGCAUAGACAGUUACGCUAGUCGUGAGCACUACAGAUAAAGUCGGUCAAGCCAAACUGCAGUUGUAGCGUGUUCCUAUUCUUCGGGUUUUUAUCAGACUGGGUUUUCAUGGCGAUUCCAUUCGUUCUGUUCAGCUGUUCGAUGUUGUAGAGAAAGGAAACCCCCAGGAUUGCACCCUACAAGCUUCUUUUCUCGUUUUGUUAAGUCUUGUUCACUCUAUUUGUUCCUGUGACUGGGGUAGGCCAGCUUUAUUCGCUGUGUAUGUCUGGGGCCAUAUAGUGUACAACUUUUAUGCCCCUCAAACAGACUUGAUGAUUGAAAUUGUCAUAUCAGUGCCAACCUUCUAAGAAUGACGGGUCUGGGAAUAGUUCUAGCAACACUAGGUCACUAUAACGCAAAACUAUUAACACUGUCAUGUAAGGAACUUCUACUUUUUUUAUUGUUAAUUAAUUUAUUAAUUUAUUUAUUGAUUGUUGUCCCACACUUCUCCUUGUCACUUACCCCAUAUCCUUCUGUACUUAUACAACCCCCCCAUCCCACCAUACCCCCACCCCCCCCCCCCUCCCCCCCCCAAGCUUCUGUCCUGCUUCCCAAGUUUCUCUCUUCUCCUAGACAUCCUGUUUUAGUUGGUCUCCAGGCUGGGUAAUGGAGUCAGUCCUCUUUCACAGGUCCUGUCACACAUAGCAUGACCCUUCAGCCUUUGUAUAAAGAAACAGCUACUUGCUUCACUUAGAUAACGUUGAGAAAACUUACUAAUAAAAUCCACAAAAAAGGCAAAAAGAGCAAAAAAAAAAGGAAAAAAGAAACAGCAGCAACAAAAAGAGAGCAUCGUGUAAGCUGGGUGCGGGAGGGAGGGAUUUGGGGGGUGAGGAAAAUACAGUCACAACCAAUGAUGUGGUGCCGUAUGGGUGAUGGUCAUUGGGCUGCGUGUCUUUGUAGAAAGCUGUAGAUCCUCUGGUUCUAGAAUCUUUACAAGUAGACUUAAUCCAAAAAAAGAGUGAUUAUGACAAUAAUAAACAAUGAUAAUGAAGAAAGAUGAUAAUAUCAAUGAUGAUGAUUCUGUAAUAUUAUUAAAAGUAUAUUUCUUGUGCUUUGUAGCUAAAGACCAUUUUUUUCUCUCUCUCCCCCUUUUUUUAAAAAAAAGAAAAAAAUUUGCAAGGGUUCCCGCAAUUCACUCUUGAACCGUUCUUACUGACUUACCGAUGUUGAUGUUGAACUGUACCGAUUUUUUUUUUUUUCUUUUCUUUUUUCUUUUUUUGCCUGUUUGCCCUGCAUUACAGUGUAUUUACUUAAGCCCAAAUAAUGGUAUAUGUAUCUAUUUUUUAUUUGAUUUUUGGAAGAACCACUUUUUGGUGCGCAGGCCCCGUCCCGGUGCUGGAGAGGGCGGGCCAAUGCGUGUGGCUGUACAGAUUUCAUGCGCUUUCUCCUCGUCAUGCAUUUUUUUGGGUUUUUGGGGAAUUGUACUCAAAUAAAAAAAACACACCUUCCAGGUCUGCAUAGAAAAGCACAGCUCUCACUCAACACACGUAGAUUUGGAACGAUGUAUCUCUCCUCCCUCUACCUGCCUUCUUAGUUUGACUUGCGAAAAGAAGACAAAAAAAAAAAACCCUGAACUGUGUAUAAUGACACAAACCAGUUACGCUUUUGGAUUUUCUUUUCUUCCUCCUGCCCUUCCCUCUCUUGUUUUUCUUUCAUCAUUUCUUUUUUUCUCUCCCAGUGAAUGCUUUCUGUGCUGCUUAUUUCUCCCUCUUCUUUAGUGAAUGGUUGUUCUUUCAUGUGGGAUGUUCGUGCUGGAAAACCAAUCGAAUGUAGUGUUUACAUUAAAAGCCACAGUUUUCAUGACUACAAA